UUUCUUGGAGGACCCUCAAAAGUAAUUUAUAACUCUUUUUUUUCCCUUUAAUUUCAUAAUUUUGGCUAUGAAGCGUGGAUUCCCUGAAUCUCUCUCUUCCUCUUUAGGUCCACCUCAAUCCCGAUUCAAACAUAACCCUGAAGGUGAUGCACAAUUUCCGGAGGAUGAGAGCACAAAGAUUUUUGCUAGGAAAGUAGCUGAUCAUUAUAGUGCAAGAACUAAUCAGACUUUGGAAGAACGAGAAGCAAGUCCAAUCAUUCACUUAAAGAAGUUGAAUAAUUGGAUUAAAAGUGUCUUGAUUCAGCUUUAUGCUCGUAAAGGGGAUGCCGUUCUUGAUCUUGCCUGUGGCAAGGGUGGUGAUCUCAUCAAGUGGGAUAAAGCAAAAGUUGAAUAUUAUGUUGGUGUUGAUAUAGCUGAAGGCUCGAUAGAAGAUUGUCGUACACGUUAUAAUGGUGAUGCAGACCAGCAUCAACGUCACAAAAAGUUCACUUUUCCUGCCCGUCUAUUAUGUGGGGAUUGUUUUGAGGUGCGUCUUGAUAAAGUUUUGGCAAAUGAUGCUCCUUUUGAUAUCUGCAGUUGCCAGUUUGCAAUGCAUUAUUCCUGGUCUACAGAGGCACGUGCACGUCGGGCGCUGGCUAAUAUAUCAGCUUUACUUCGUCCGAGAGGCACAUUCAUCGGGACGAUGCCAGAUGCCAAUGUGAUAAUCAAAAAGCUUCGAGAAGCUGAAGGAAUGACUUUUGGCAACAACGUUUACUGGAUACAAUUUGAUGAAGAAUUUUUCGAUAAAAAAUUUAAAUCUUCAAGCCCCUUUGGUAUCAAGUACAAGUUUCACUUAGAGGAUGCUGUUGACUGCCCUGAAUGGAUUGUUCCCUUCCAUCUCUUCAAGUCAUUAGCAGAAGAGUAUGGUUUUGAACUAGUUUUUGUCAAAAAUUCGCAUGAAUUUGUGCACGAGUACAUGAAAAAAUCGGAAUUUAUAGAGCUUAUAAGGAGGCUUGGGGCAUUAGGUGAUGGCAACCAAGAUCAAACCACAUUAUCUCCAGAGGAAUGGGAGGUGGCUUAUUUAUACCUCGCAUUUGUUUUAAAGAAGCGUGGCCAACCAGAACGGACACAAGCAAAUAGUAGGAAAGAUAAAGGAAAGAUGCAAAUAGCAAAGGAAGAUAUCCUGUAUAUUAGUAGUGAUGUUUAA